UUCCCGGCGGCACCACUGUGCUGGUGGAGCUCACCCCCGACAUCCACAUCUGUGGCAUCUGCAAGCAGCAGUUCAAUAACCUCGAUGCCUUUGUUGGGCACAAGCAAAGUGGUUGCCAGCUCACUAGUGCGACGGCCGGGGCCACCAGUACGGUCCAGUUUGUGUCCGAAGAAACGGUGCCAUCAACACAGGCACAAACCACAGCCAGGACCAUCGCGUCGGAGACACAAACCAUCACAGUUUCUGCACCAGAGUUUGUUUUUGAGCAUGGCUAUCAAACAUACCUGCCCAGUGAGACCAGUGAGCCUCCAACUGCUGCUAUCGUCUCUACGCCACCAAAAGCACGUUCAAAAAAAUCCACUUCCUCACUUACACAGAAGAAACUAAACUGCUGCCAUCCAGGUUGCCAAUUCAAGACUUCCUAUGGUAUGAAGGACAUGGAACGUCAUCUACGAACACACACAGGAGACAAGCCCCAUAAAUGUGAAGUUUGUAACAAAUGUUUUAGUCGUAAAGAUAAGCUGAAGAUGCACAUGCGUUCUCAUACGGGGGUGAAGCCCUACAAAUGUAAACACUGUGACUAUGCAGCUGCUGACAGCAGCAGUCUCAACAAGCACCAGCGCAUUCACUCCAACGAGCGUCCUUUUAAAUGCCAGAUCUGCUCUUACGCAAGCCGCAACUCUAGCCAGCUAACUGUGCACCUCCGAUCCCACACAGGUACGUUCAUUCUAAAAUCCAGAUCUGUAAAGUUUGAAGGUCAUUGGGAAUACCUUAAAAG